AAUGCCUCGUGCAAACGGUGCUCGGACCACGGCUUUACCUUCUCGUCGUUUUUCGUAAACAUUUCACGACAACGGCUUGUAAUUCUGAAUCUGUGCGAAUUAGGUGAUCGAUAUUUAAGGCCCAGAUGCUGACAUGCAAGAAAAUACUUACGAUAGCCUUCAAAUGAGUAUGGCUAAUUUCUGAAAGUUUUAUAACUAUUGUGUAUUAACUUUUUAUAGUGGUGACUGAGAUAAACCUGUCAACCUAAAAAAACUGAAUAAUUACACGAAUUCGCUCUUGAGUUACUUUUUAUCCAGAAGAGAGAGAGAGAGAGAGAGAGAGAGAGAGAGAGAGAGAGAGAGAAUUCAAGUGUUCACUAAUAAUUUCUGAAAGAAUAGAUAGCGCACUCGUCGUUUUCUUGUUUUCUUAUUAGUAAGGAUUACUAAAGAAAAUAAAGAAAGUAAUCCAGAGAAGAAACUGUCUUCAAGUACGAAGAAGAUUGAUUGCGAGAAAGAGCGCCAUGCUAUGGAAUCGAUGGCGUUGGGAUUCACUCGAGAUGAACCACUGGAAACGGGAAUUGAGUCAUCGUCGGGAAAUGAAAACAUUUUGAAUUUUCAUGUUCUCUUUUCAAUGAGGAAGAGGUUGGGUAGUUUUGUUCCUUUGAACUGCCCUUCCUUUAUUUAGCUGCAUAAAGAACCUACCAAGAAAGAAAUUAAGAGAGUGCGAACGGUAAUGUUAAACACGACUUUAAGUCAAGAAUAUUUCGUAUUGAAACACUGAAACGAAGACCUUUUUGGAAACUUGGUUAUUUGUGUGAGAAGUUCUUCACGCCGCUAUGGUUUAUCUGCUUUUCCUCCUGUUCACCGGGUUGCUUGCGGCAGGCCCCCAGCAAGUUGAGACAAUCAUACAGUCUCAUGAGGAGCCCUUGGGGAAGGCUGCUUAUCUCUAUGGCAUCCACGAAGACGAUGACUGGGAUGAUGGAAAACAAACUUACGAUAGAGACAGCGACGGUGCUGCCCUCUCUAGUCCAGCAGCAACCACUCUCCUUCCGAUGGGGGAAGCGGUUGUUGGCUCGUCUUUGUCACCGCAAGGAGAGUUGCUGAUGACUGUGGCGUGCGACAGUGGAUACUGGCUCUGUUCUGAUGGCACUCAGUGUGUCCCACAGAAUGACACAUGUUCUGGCGUGGCCGAAUGCAACGACGAAUCGGACGAAGCUGUUGGGAAUUGCGGAUGCCUUCCGAAUGAGUAUCAGUGUGCGGACACUUGCAUCGACAACUUUAGGAGGUGCGACACGGUCAGCGAUUGUCUCGGGGGCGAGGAUGAGCUUCAGUGCGAGACUUGGUUCUGCCCCGAGACGCACUUCAAAUGCACCAGUGGCCAUUGCGUGCCCUCGGAUGCUGUCUGCAACUUCGUCGUUGACUGCGCCGACGCCUCUGACGAGCACCAGUGCGAUUACCGCACUUGCUUCUAUGGAGAAUUCAAGUGCGCCAACGGAGAGUGCAUAAGGCCAGGACUUGUAAUGCGACAAUGUCAUUGACUGUAUUGAUGGCACUGACGAAACCCAGUGCCAAGCAGGUGGUCCUUGCAAACACAACGAAUUCCAGUGUCCGGACAGUCAGUGCAUUGCGUCAGGUAACGAAUGCGAUGCCCAAUGUGACUGUGUAGAUUGUGCUGACGAACAGAAUUGCCAGACUUACGAUACUAU